GACAUGUCAGACCCACCCUUUUCCAUAUGCUUCCACAAAAGGCGCACAAACCCUCAUCUCUUCAUUCCCUCUUCCCCUUCACGCUAUCCCACUCUUCCCAUGUGCUGUGCCCAAUAAUAUUAUCCUAAAUCGCUCAUUAUCCUCCCCUCAUUCUUAACUCUUUUCUCACUUCUUUCUUCCGAUCUAAGUUUCGAACAUUAUCAUCUCCGCUGUUUCUUCCAACAUGUUUCAACACCCUCACUAAAUUUGAUCCACCCAGAUGGGGAAUUGUGCUAAAACCCUCAAGAAAACAAACUCAGAUCAUCAUCUGGAUAAAUUUUACCCAAAAACAGAUAACCCAGAUCAAUUUUACCGGAAAACAGCUCUAUCCGAUGCUUUCAACCCUUCUCCGUCACCGUCACCGGCGCCGUUGCCGUUACCGUUAGUUCGCCUGUACGGCUCUCCAACUAACCCAGCCACAUCCUACAUUCAUUUCGCACUCUUAUACAAACCCGUAACCAUACUUUUCAUCCCAUCGGAAAAAUCCGAUAUGGGAUUUUCAACGCCGGUGAUUCAGUACGGAUCUGACGUCAUAUCAGGAUCACCCGAAACCAUUCUCCGUUACUUGGAUGUCAAGUUUCCGAAACCAAUGCUUCUUCUGAGCAACUGGAACAAUGAAACAAUGCCGGUAGUGGUGUUAACGACGGCGUUGCAACACAAGAGUUUGGUGUGGCAUUUGGAGAGGAUGGUGAGGUGGGGGGAGGAUCUGGCGGCACGUGGUGGACGAUCGAAGGGGGAUCCGGUGAUGGGGAGUGCACGGAUGGAGGUUAAGAAGUAUGGGAAAAGUUAUUCACAGUUGUUGGAGGUUAUGCUUGAACAUGCUCAGAUGGAAGAAAGAAUAGUGUUUCCAGUUUUAGAAAGAGAAGAUAGAGGGUUGACUAAAUCUGUAAAUGAAGAACAUGCUAGAGACUUACCUCUCAUGAAUGGGAUUAAAGAAGAUAUUAAAACCAUCAUAGUUCUUGAUUCGGGGAGUUCGUCAAGCCAAGAUGCGCUUUUUAGUUUAUCCACUCGGAUUAAAUCGUUACUGGAGAAAUGCAAGCAGCACUUUGAAGAGGAAGAGAGGGGGGUUUUACCGUUGAUGGAGGCGGCAGAGUUGACUCAAGGUCAACAAGAGAGAUUGUUGGAGCAGUCUUUGGAUGUGAUGCCUGGCACACAUUCUCAUUUGCUCAAGUUUUUCAUGGAAGGUCUUCUCCCACACGAAGCAAUGAUUUAUCUUGACUUGAUCACUAGAUGUACGGAUAAAGAUCGAGCUGGUUCCAUUUACCGCUUUUUAGUAGAAGAACAUCAUGGAAAACGCAAUGAGGGUAGACCGACUGUGGGAUUGUUGUUAAAGGCCAAAUCCUAAAUUGGAUGGUUCAUGUGAAAAGAGUGAGAUUAGUUGGAUGUGUGUAGGUGGUUUGGCAGCUUUCAGUUACAGCAUUGGUUUGAUGGUUGAAUUGGUUAUGAUGUAUGUAUGUAUGUAUCAUGCUUUUGUUACAAAAUUCCAUAUUAACAUACAAGAUGAUGUAAACAAAGGGAUGAAAUCCUGAUGAUCUUGUACUUUGAGACCAGACAUUUAAAACUUGUAUAUUUUUUGGUUCAAGAUUUUUUUAUUAA